AUGGAGAUUAAUGGUAACACUUUAAUACUGAUAGUUUUGAUCCUCUAUCUGUUCUUUUCAUCCCCGGGGGGCAAUGGAGUGUCGUCGAAAUACGAAUAUAAUCAAAUUGAAAAGCUGAAGGAUCAUCUUUCGUCAGAAUAUCAAACGUUCCAAAAAAUGUCAUUUAGGGAUAAUUUUCGAAAUAUUACAGGUCUAAAACUCAGUUAUCAGGAUAUAAUAACAAAUCCCAGCAUUAAUGCUACAUACCCAAUUGCAGGGAAAGAUUAUGAUAAUUGGAUACAUAAUCAAACAUAUGAAUUAUUACCAGACGAAAUUAUUCAAAAGAUUAGUACAAAGGUGUGGAAUGUUUCAGAUAAUAACCUAACUAAUUUUUAUCCGCCAAACAUCACCAGCACUUUAAUGGGACAGAUUAAUCUAGUUUCUAAUAAUGAAUACAGCCAACUGAGGAUGCCGGUUCCUAGAUAUUUCGAACCUGCUACAGAUUUUGCACAAGAUGACCCCCCUGAAGGAGACUCCUAUUUCACUGAUUGGCCAAAUUAUGGUGAAUUACAUAAUGUUACUUUUCAAAAGGGAGAAUUAAGCAUUCAAAUUACUCAUAUUAAUAAAGUGUCGGAUACAAUCAGUGGAUAUGGUAAGAAAUUCUUCAAUUCCCAGGACGAAAACUGGAAAUUAUUACGGUUAAGAAUUGAGUUCUUUGAUAAAUUGGAAAGCGAAAAACACACCAUGAACCCGAUUGCUAUCUAUGAUAUAAGGAGAGGUAGAAUAUUAUCAAUGUCACAGAGUUCUAAAUUCCAUUCUCUUUUCUCCUUGCCUCAUUAUAUGAGUGUUGGCGGUGGACUCGAUAAGGGUGAUGAUGAAACCAUAUUCAAUGAAACCAAGGCCCUCAUCAAUGAUUAUUGGAAUGGCUCAAACUAUAUUGAUACCCUAACAAUGGGAGAUUUGGAUACUCUGUAUGAUAAUGCCUUAUCGAAAUGUGAAUAUACCGUAUUCCUUCAGUUGGCACCUUGGAAUCAAUUUGAUAAAGAUCAAAUGAAAAAAAUAGAUGAAGAAUUAAAUUGGCCACUUGGAAGACCUGUAAAUUUAACGAAACUACCACCAGUAUCUAUUCAGUCGGGACUCCUUUAUUCUCCAGAUUGUGGAGUUGAGCUACAAUUUAAUGACGCCUCUGGCGUUAGGUAUGAACUUAAAGUAAAAACAAUUCGUUCCCAUAUCCUUUUAGGAUUACUUUUAUUUGCAGGUCAGAUUUAUUUGUUAUUAUGCCAGAUGCAGCACACCAAUACGCCUUCAAGUAUCAAUAAGAUAUCCUUCUAUUCCUUUUCAAUGAUUAACUUAGUCGAUGGAUCGUUGGCAACGCUUUAUUUGAUUGCUUCAAGUGUCUUACCAGAACUAUAUCUUCCCUUGAUACUAAGUUCCUUUUCCUCCUUUAUAUUAGCAUCGAUUUUUGAAACAAGAUAUCUUAUUUCAAUAUACACAUCACAAGCAAAUGAACGUGGUGUCAGUAUAAUAACUUUGUUACGUGGUAAUGCUGAAAAUAACGACGAGGAGAGAGUUACAAAUGCAGAUAUACCCGAUGAUGCUUCUAUUGGAGCCAGUCUAUACGGGAGAUUUUUCUUCUCCUUAAUAAUCUUCACCUUCCUUAUAUUGAGUUCAACUUCCUGGCCACGUAAAAUAAGAAUGACAUUCGAAUAUAUUUGCAUAAUUAUUUUGAAUUCAUAUUGGGUUCCUCAAAUAUUUAGAAAUGUUAUUAAGGGAUUGGCACCAAGACGAGAACGUAGAAGAAAUAAUUCUCCAAUCAAUAGAAGACAACACCAAACACCGUUAUUAUGGAAGUUCAUUAUUGGUACUACAAUUAUCAGAACUGUGCCUAUAGUAUAUGUUUUCACAUACUCGUCCAAUAUAUUUAGACAUCAUAGAGAUCCACGUUUUGUUGUCUUUCUAUCACUAUGGUUACUGUUCCAACUUUCUAUCAUGUAUUCGCAGGAUAUAUUAGGUGCACGUUGGUUCCUACCACAACAUAGCAUACCUGAAGGAUAUAUAUAUUUCAAACCAGUAUCCUUAGCGCAUUUGGCAAAACAUGAGGGAGCAUCUAAACACACUGCAGAUUGUGCUAUUUGUAUGUCAGAAGUCCCUGUUUAUAUCGAAGAAGCUGAAGAAACACACAAUAUAGAUCAGCAUUCUUACAUGGUGACACCCUGUGAUCAUAUUUUCCACACCGACUGUUUAGAGAACUGGAUGGGAUACAAACUACAAUGUCCGGUAUGUAGGACACCGUUACCACCAAUUUAA